ACCAGGUCCCAGUCCAGGUCCCAGUACAGCCAGGGAGUGACUGGAGACGGAGAGAUGAUGAAGACUUUGGUGAUCAUGUUAGCAGGGCUCCUGCUCCUGUACCUCGCCCCUGGGGGGCUGUGCCAGGGCUGUGCUGCUCCACGCACCCAUCUUCAACCCCAAAUUAAUGUCUCCUACACUGUUGUGGAUGGCGUGAACCACUCCUUUAAUGACUCCAUCCUUCUCACCGUGCCCCAGACCUCCUUCUUCUUUGAUGUGAUGAAGGUCGCCCAGGAGACAAACUGCACAAGAUUCAGAUUCAUGUACAUACUGUAUGUGUGGGGCGCAUACAUCACCUCCGUGCAGGGGCUGCAGGAAGAUAGAAAGCAGCACACCUACUGGCAGCUCCUGAGCAACAACAUCCCGCUGAAACUAGGUGCUGGGUGCUACGCCGUCUCCCAUGGGGAGAGGCUGGAGGUCAGGUUCUCCAAAUACUGAGCUCCAGGGCACUGGCCAGCCUGAGGACAAGGAGUGCUCAUGAAGGCGAAACUUGUCCUGGCCUUUCUACUGUGAGGGAUGCCAGGGUUCAGCAGCCCCACCCAUUCCCCCAGAGCAGGUAUCUCCCUCUUGGUGGGACGGACCCUUGGGGAUGACUGUGUGUUGUAUUCAUGUCUGUGACUGUUUCCCAAACUCUGCCUGUCUCUGUCCCUCACUCCUGAAAUAAACGCUCUGCAACAGC